AUGGUCAAUCGCUCAGACGUCAACUACUUUGGGGCUGGCCCCGCACCCCUCCCCACCGAGGUGCUCGAGAGGGCCUCACAGGCGUUGCUGAACUACAAAGACAAGGGCAUUGGCCUUUGCGAAAUCUCUCAUCGCUCUCCCGAAGCCAAUGAGAUUCUGGAUGACACCAAGAAGGCGCUCAGCCAUCUGCUGGAGAUUCCUGGUGACUACGAAAUCCUCUUCCUGCAGAGCGGCGGUAGCGGCGAGUUCAGUGCCACCGUUUACAAUCUCGUCUCGAUAUGGGUAGAGAAGAAGCGCGCACAAAUUGCCAAAGAGGUGGGCGACGACAAGGACGAGGUACUGAAGAGGCUUCGCAAGGUCGUGGACGAGGAGCUCAAAAUCGACUACCUGGUUACCGGCUCAUGGUCACUCAAGGCUUCGCAGGAGGCUGCACGGCUCGUGGGAGCGAAACACGUCAAUGUAGCCACCGACUCGCGCAAGAUCAACGACGGCAAAUUUGGCAAGAUUGCUCCAGAAAGCGAGUGGAAUCUGACACCUCGCACCAACGGGGGCCCUGCCUUCGUCUACUACUGCGACAACGAAACUGUAGAUGGUGUCGAGUUCCCGUCUUUCCCACAAAGCCUCGAGGGUGAAGACGCGCCACUGGUCUGUGCCGACAUGUCGUCCAACUUCAUUUCCCGCAAAAUCGACGUGAGCAAGUAUGCAAUCAUCUUUGGCGGUGCCCAGAAGAACAUUGGCAACACUGGAAUUGCUAUCGUCAUCAUGCGGAAGUCGCUCCUUCCGCCACAUUCUACCCCUGCCUCGCCUGAUCUGCUGAGAGAGCUGAACUUGGCAGUCGGCCCCAUUGUGCUCGACUACCCUACUAUCGCCAAAAACAACUCAUUAUAUAAUACUUUGCCGAUAUUUGACGUUUGGGUCGCUGGCCAAGUCAUGUCUGGGCUCGUCAACUCGUAUGGCGCCAAGCGCAUAGGUGGUCAGGAAGAAGUCUCCAACGAAAAGGCUCGGCUCAUCUACGAUACGCUGGAGAAGUACCCGGACGUCUAUCGGGUCGUUCCAGACAAGUCCGCCCGCAGCAGAAUGAACAUUUGUUUUCGAGUCCACGGUGGGGAUACAGACAAAGAGAAAGCGUUCCUUGUGGGCGCGGAGAAGAAGGGCCUAUUGGGUCUGAAGGGCCACCGAAGCCGCAGGCGGGUCGAUGUACUUGGACCAGCAUUUGGCCUAGCGAAGGGUCACCCGGACAUCCAAGGCUAA